GGGCGAGUAGGGGGUUGGGCGGGAGGAAGGUCGGGGUGAGGGAGAGGAUUGGGUGCUUUCAGUGGACGUGGUUUACUAUGACUAUGGCUACGGGAGGCAUCGCCAACGUCUUGCAUUCAAUACCAUACCAGUCACAAUGGUUGACUGGAAUUGGCAUGGCCUUUUUCUUCCUCAACCUCUGCCUAUUCAUCAUGAACUGCAUCCUCAUCUCGUUGCGGUUUUACUGGCGCCCCGGGAGCCUCGUAGACUCGUUUAACGACCAGUACGAGAGUUUGUUUAUCUCGUCCAUUAUCGUUUCAAUAGCCACCAUCUUCAUUACCAUCACCCAGUAUGGCAUCCCUUACACAGGCCCCUGGCUUCUGAGCGUCAUCGAAGCCCUCUUCUGGGUCUACAUCGGCGUGAGCACCCUCGUCAGCGCCAGCCUGUACCUCACCCUCUGGUCCACGCAAGUCUUCCCCAUCCACACCAUGACCCCCGUCUGGGUCUUCCCGGCCUACCCGCUCCUCCUCUCGGCGCCCUUCGGCGGCAACCUGGUGUCGGCCGCCAGCAAGGCCGGCCGGCUGGACGGCAUCAACACGGUCCCCGUGGCGCUGGCGGCCGUCACGGUGCAGGGCACGGGCUUCCUCAUCAGCUUCAUGAUCUGCGCCGCCUUCCUGUACCGCCUCAUGACCCAGAAGCUGCCGCGCGACCACCAGCGCCCCGGUGUGUUCAUCUCCAUCGGACCGAGCGGCUUCACUUGCGCCGGUUUAGUACAGCUAGGCUCGCAAACGGCCGCCAUCUUCCCGCCGGGCUUCGCGGGCACGCAGCACGCGGCCGACAUCCUGCGGCUGCUGUCCUACAUGGCGGGGCUCUGGCUGUGGGGGCUGAGCAUCUGGUUCUUCCUCGUCUCGGUCGGGUCGCUGUGGAAGUACCUGCGGCCCGAGAGCAAGGGCAAGCUGCGCUUCCAGAUGACGUGGUUCUCGUUUGUGUUCCCCAACACGGCGCUCGUGACGGCUACGGAGGCGCUCGGCGGCGCGUUUGACAGCCCCGGUCUCAAGAUCUUUGGGUGCGUGCUGGCGGCGUUUUUGGUGUUGGUGUGGAUCUUGGUCUUCACGGAGAUGCUGCGGUGUUUGUGGAAAAGAGAGUUGUAAGUUGCGUCCUUUUCAUUCCCCUUCCCACCACUGCUCCCCUAGGCGCUGCAAGGCAGCGAGACAGAGAAGAGGAACACCGGGAACAGAUCUACUAGAGUCAGAUUUGAC